AUGAAUACUGGCGGCAUGAACAGAGAUGUUUCAGACUCGAAACCGAAUGUUAGAUUCAUUACGCCCCAACGCCUAAACGUUACCCAUCCUACCACAUCAUCACCUCUGCAUAUGCCCGUUUCGAGAUCAACAAGAAAGCCUCUUGUAAGAACUAAAAUAAGACUAGAUCCAGGACACAGCGCUCUGGACUGGCACUCUUUAACUUCUAAUCCAGAAAAUUAUUAUACAAAGUUCGUUUCGUUGCAGCUCAUCCAGGAUUUACUGGAUGAUCCAGCAUUUCAAAGAGAUAAUUGUAAGUUUUCACCUACCCAGUUGAGAAACCAGUUACUCGUUCAAAAGAUUCCCCUUUAUAAAAUAAUGCCACCUUUAAGAAUAAAUAGAGCAAUCGUAAAGAAGCAUUGCAAAGAUGAAGAUGAGUUAUGGUGUGUUAUAAACAAUAAGGUGUACGACAUUUCUAGUUACUUAAAGUUUCACCCAGGUGGCACGGAUAUCUUAUUGAGACAUCGUAAUAGCGAUGAUUUGAUUACAUAUUUUAAUAGGUAUCAUCAGUGGGUAAACUAUGAAAAAUUACUACAGGUUUGUUUCAUAGGUAUUGUAUGCGAAUAA